AUGGCUGAGGAGGAGUCUACAUUUGAAACGUCUCCUUUAAUGAUACGGCUUGAGCAAGAGCGUCUUAACCUGGGGAAUGUACGUCCGGUUGAAUUAACUGGAGGACAGAUCAAAACUGGUUAUGAAAUGAGUGAAAGAUGCUGGUACGCGUUAAAGUUUAUCUGUCAAAUGGCAUACGAUGAAGAUGCUGGCGUUUCACGCGAAGUUCUCUGUUAUUUAUCGUUAUCUGGAAUACUCGAAACAGACUUGAUACCAAUAUUUUUAAAAGUCAGAAACAUUGUGUGCGAAAGCGAGAUACGGAUGGUUUUGGCAUGUGUCGGUUUAUUCGAUCGAAUGACUGAUACAGUAUGGUUGACGGAUCGUCGGAAAGAUUGCGAACAUUUGACAGAUGAGUCUAAGCGCCGAAAGGUUUUUAGCGAACUGUUAAAGUUGCAGAAAGCUAUGAUAAGAUACAAAAGUAUCUUUGCUAAUAAUAAAGACUUUAUUAAUGCUCUGGAGGAAGUGGUUGACAUAUUGCUCAGAGGAGAUACGAGAUCAGUCGAAGAGGAACGUAUUGUAAGACAUGGCAUGCUUUUAUUUCGUAAUUUACUUGCUAUUAAGGAUAAUGAAGAUAUUAUAGCGGCUGGCAGAGUACAGAGUGAGCUCAUUCAUUCCUACUACGAACACAACGUGUUCUUAUUAAUAUCUGCCAUGGCAGCAUCAUCAAAUAUCAAUGGAUUGUUAAAAAUGACUAUACUUGAAAUACUUUACUACAUUUACUCAGUCGCUGAACCUGAGGAGCUAAUCGAAGAGCCUACAGAUCGUGCUGUUAUGGGGAACUCGUUGAGCGAAGAAAUGCCUAUUUCUAACAAAAUGAAAUCUACAAAAAAAUGGCCCGUGCAAUUUCUCCUGAAAACAAACGAUGGAAGAACCUACCCUGCAUUUACGAGAAAAGCUUUGAAUAACCCAUCUGUAAAGAUUUUGGAUUAUAGUAAGAAAAAGAGAUGGGAGCGACGUGGAUUCCUGGACGAUUUAGAUCAGAGGAAAAUGCUUGAUCUCAGUCCAUCGGCAAAACAGGCCUUACGUAAACUUGGCGAAGCAAUCUUGAAUAUGGCUUUUCAUCACAUCAAGCAUGACAUUGAAUAUGAAAGACCCUAUAUGAAAAACGUACACGUUUUUUAUGCAAUGUAUGUUUCAGGAUUUUUUCUUGGAUUUCAACGUUUUAUGCUGGAAAAUGACAGUUCAUUGUUUGAGGAUGGACCGCACAUUGGGAAACCAAAGUGGGAUAUUGGUCACGUUGCUUUUAUUCUUAACCAAGACGGACUCCAGCUUAUGUUAAGAAAGCUUAGGGAAGUUCAUCUUGACAAGAAAUGGGUUGAAGUGCACAUAGGCCUGCAUUAUUUGAAGCAAAUGUUGCUAUCCUUGAGGUCAAUGUCAAAAUCCAGCUUCGAGUUUUAUCCCAUGAUUGCGAGACAAAGAAUAGCUUUUCUAAGUGAUGAACAAGCAAAUUUAGAUUUGGUAGUUGAUCUCAUAAAAAAUUAUAAAGAGCAAUCGUUCGGAUUUUUGAAGCUUCUUGUUGAAGUCAUUCAUUUACUCGUCAAUAUACUUGAAGAAUUCACCGAAACAGGAAGACGCCUGUAUACUAAACAAAAGAUGCGUAAGAAAAAGAAAAGGAACAAAGGAAAGAAGAAGGCUACUGAGAACGAUGAUGAGAACAGAAUUGAUGAUGAAAUCGAAGAAGAACAAGAGGGAGAGCGAGACGAUUCUUCGUUACGUGAACAGUCAUAUGCUCAUAUGCCCUUCGAAUUGCUUCAAUUCCAAAUGAUGUUUGCCAACGAGGCUGUUGUAAAGAACUAUCUCAAAUACCUUGAACAUUAUCAUGAGUUAGAUGCACAAGAGAUUUUGCACGCUGCAUCAGUGAUAGAUUGCAUAAUCAAUAAAUGCCAUCAAGGUGGACUGUUUUUUAGACCCUCAACAUUUGAGCUCUUUGAACGAAUAAUGUCUGAACCACUUAAACAAGUUCAGGCACUGAAGCCACUCAUAACACAGAUAAUGCGACUGUUUGUACAAAAGGCUGACGAUGACCCAUUAAGUCUGGUGGAGGCACUCUUUCCAAAACGCAAAGCGGAUGCACAUGUAUACGUGCAACCGGAUGAAUAA